UUGUUCCUUUUCAUUAUCCACCCCCCUCCUCGGUCUGCACCCUUCUCCGGACUUCACGCAGAACCUGCGGGUUUUGAAGAGGUGGUGGCCGAGUAGGAGACAAGAGGUGUUAGGGUCCAGGUUUGGAGUUUUGCUGAUUUUUUUUUUCUCUUGAUUUCAACAUUUUUCCCCCAUCUUCUUGGCAGCUGCCGACGCCUCUUACCUGUUCUGCGGCGGCGGCGCUGCUGGCAGCAGAGGCUUGGAGAGGAGUGGGGGUGCGUUUUAGACUUUAAGCAACAAGAAAAAAAAAUAAGCCAAGUCCAUUUUUUUCUUCAUCACCCCCAUUUCCACAGCCUCCAAGCUCAUUAUUUCUGUUGCUUUGGGGUGAGCAAUUCUGUGGUCCCCCCCCCCCCACCCCUGCAAUUCUGACCCGAUCCCGCCUGGGGGUUUGUUCGGUCUCCGCUCACUCUGCGUGCACCUGGCGCGCCUCUUUUUUUCACCCCCAACCUGUUGCAAGUCUUUAAUCCUUGCAAUUGGGACUUGCGUGCAGGCACCUGAAUCCUCCUUGCCUCAUAGUUUGCAAGUGUUUGGGGGAGGGCACCUGCUCUACCUGCAAGAGAUUUAAAAAAAAAAAAAAAAUUCUCCGGUAGCCCUCCUGGCCCUCUGUUCUCUACGCACUCUCGCUCUCCUGCCCCGCCCCAAGGUAAAGCGAGACUCCGAGAAAAUGGUGCUCAGCGCGGUCCUCCUGCUGCUGGCUGCCUAUGCCGGGCAGGCUCAAGCCCUGGGCUCUUUCGUGCACUGUGAGCCCUGCGACGAGAAAGCUCUGUCCAUGUGUCCCCCCAGCCCUCUGGGCUGCGAGCUGGUCAAGGAGCCCGGCUGCGGCUGCUGCAUGACUUGCGCCCUGGCGGAGGGGCAGUCGUGUGGCGUCUACACUGAGCGCUGCGCCCAAGGUUUGCGCUGCCUCCCCCGGCAGGAUGAGGAGAAGCCGCUGCAUGCCCUGCUGCACGGCCGCGGGGUUUGCCUCAACGAGAAGAGCUAUGGCGAGCAAACCAAGAUAGAGAGAGACUCUCACGAGCAUGAGGAGCCCACCACCUCUGAGAUGGCUGAAGAGACCUACGCCCCCAAGGUCUUCCGACCCAAGCACACUCGCAUUUCGGAGCUGAAGGCCGAGGCCGUGAAGAAGGACCGCAGGAAGAAGCUGACCCAGUCUAAGUUUGUGGGAGGCGCAGAGAACACUGCCCACCCCAGAGUCAACCCUGCGCCUGAGAUGAGACAGGAAUCUGAGCAAGGCCCCUGCCGCAGACACAUGGAAGCUUCCCUGCAGGAACUCAAAGCCAGCCCACGCAUGGUGCCCCGUGCUGUGUACCUGCCCAACUGUGACCGCAAAGGGUUCUAUAAGAGGAAGCAGUGCAAGCCUUCUCGUGGCCGCAAACGUGGCAUCUGCUGGUGUGUGGACAAGUACGGGAUGAAGCUGCCAGGCAUGGAAUAUGUCGAUGGGGACUUUCAAUGCCACGCCUUCGACAGCAGUAACGUUGAGUGAUGCGUCCCCUCCCACCAUCCCCCCUUUCCUAUCCCCAGCCCCAACUCCAGCCAGCGCCUCCCUCCACCCCAGGACGCUCACUCAUUUCAUCUCAUUUAGGGGAAAUAUGUAUGCAUAUAUAUUUGAGGAAACUGAGGACCUCGGAAUCUCUAGCAAGGGCUAAGGAGACACUCCCCAACCCCGAAAAUGUAUUUUUUUUUUAAGCAAGUUGAAUGGACAGAGAAGGGAAGAAGAGGAGAAAGAGAGAUCAAGAGAUGGAAAGAAAAGCAUCGGUGUAGAAAAGGGAGAGACCGGUAGGGUUACAGAGAGAAAAAGAAAAAAACGGCAAGACUGAGAGGUACCACCCCCAGGGCUGGAUCUGUCCUUCACUUCCAGCCCUAACCAGAGGUCAGAGAGAGGUUGGGACGCUCAAAAGUGCAGCAUUCAGUGACAGCCAGUUUAGACUGGUCACAGCGAGGAAAAACAACUAGGAAAAACAGUGCCUCUCUCCGGUCUGUCACGGUCUAUCUCUUCCUCCAGCCAGCUGGGUGGAUGACUAGACCCCCAUCCCGCCUCUCCUCUUGCCAGUGCAGGGUGGUUUCACCCGCAAAUGUGUGAACACUAAAAUGCAUUCCAUCCCUCUGAAAACAAUGGAGAUUGAGUGAUUGAUGAUAGGUUUUUUUUUUUCCCCCAAGUGGAUGAGUGAACUCAAUCCAUGUACAAAUUUUACUCUUGAUGGAGACUUUUUUUUUUUUUUUAGAAAUCAGUAUCUGCCCCCAACACUGGAAAGACUUGAUUUUCCAGGGUGACAGCAAGCAUUUGGGAGGAUGUGGCUUCAGCCCUUGAUUUCACUAGACUCAAAGCUGGCCCAGCAGCCUCUGUGGAGGAGCAGGAGGAGCAGGUUUGGCGGAGAUAGCAAAGGGGCUUGUACUUACCUACAAGGCUCCAUGUAGACGUAUAUAGGCAUAUGAAUCUAUUUUUCUUUAUUUUUUCCCUCUUCUUUUCUUUCAAAGUUUUACAUUACCUCUUCAAAGUCGUUUCUUUAGCACACUGACGAUCUUCCUCAUUCUGGGAAAAAUCCACAGUCAACUAAUACAACCCAGAACACUAGCUUUGCGUGCUUCUGAGCAGCCUGUCCUGUGAGUUACAAGUUUGGCUCUUUGGUGGGACACAGUGUUGGAUCUGCUCAUGAGUCCCAGCCUGUAUUUGAAUGUGUCCACCAAGCCAGGUAGCUGCCAGCACCCAGUCGUGCAUCAAUUAUUCAGCUGGGUCAUCCCAUUUCAGCCUUCCAGCCCUUGGGAAGUAACUGUCUUAUACCAUGACACAUAAGCCACCACAUGCAUCUUUCACCCACUGGCCUGCCCAGGCCUUUCCUUCUAUCUGUUCAGAACUGUAUUUUGAAAGCCUUCCUCAGAUGCCAGGCUGACAGAUCAGAGAGAAACAGACAUGAGAGAUGGCCAAGGAUGAGGCAGUGGGGUAGGGGCGGGGCUUCCACAGAGAGAAGUAGAAGAUAGAGCAGGAACUAGGGGCUGAGGGACAGGAAAGUGACAGAUAGUGGGAAAUGCUGAUAGAAUUUCUCUUGGUUUCUCCCAGCUAAUAAAUCCUCUGGAAUUUGAGAGAAAGAGGAAGGGGAGGGGAGUUCUGAGGUAGAAAUGAGCUCAGUUCAAUCACAGAGCCCAGAUGGUAGGUAAUGAGGCAGGAUCUAGACCUGAGACACAUGGUUGAAAACGAGGAUCGAUAGCCUGACUGAGUAUUAAAGGGACAAGUGGAUGCACCCCGGACGCCACAACUUCAAGUCAACUUCAGCCCACAAGAAGGGACUGAGGCCAAAGAAUCUCUCAAGCGCUCCAUCGACUCUGCCCCAUCCAUACACCCUCUUGGAAGUGGAGGAUGGCAUGGCAGAAAGCCCAGGACAACUCAGGCAUAGAUCUUCAUGGCUGUUGCCAUUGGCCAGCCAGAUUUUGAUCCAAGAAGAAGGUUCAUUGUCCACUGGCUUCUUCAACAAAGGGGUGGCUUAGGACUGUCCUCGAGGACUGAAGAUAGCCUGCCAGGAAAGGGGGCAAGGACAUUGGUACAGGAGGCCCCUUUUGUGCUGUGGACACAGCUCUUUGCUGUUUCUUGAUGGCAUGGCAGAGUUGAGGCCCCCUCCAACGCUGAACUUGGAGCAUCAAAAAGGGACAGCCAAGGAAGAGAAGUGUGUCGACUGAUAGGAAAUAGAUGGCUAUGGAGCUUAGGGGAUGUCUCCUCCUAUUGCCUGGACAGGACAGUUGGCUGGGAAUGGAAGAGGUAGUUGAUCUUCAUAAGACAAAGGGUCUGAUGGGGAUGGCAGUAUAAGGACUCACCAGACCUGCAGGGUCAGUGUACCCAUCUCCCUGCACAAUGUCCCCAGCCCCCAACUCCCACUCCAGUAUGUCUUAGGCCAGUAUCCUAACCCUUCUCCAUGAUGCUCCUUUUCUGCCAUUAUUUCUCUGCAUCUUGAGCAGUUGUAUGACUGGGAUUUGCCAAGUGGAUACUGGGGUACCACUACCCCUAAGAAAAGACUGAGCCAAGAACUGCCUACUUGCCUACCCCUCCCGGGUCUGGACCUGACUCCUGACGGGGGGUUGUUCUCUUCACCCCACUACUUGCUGGACCUUGAAUGAGCCUCUGCCCCUUACAUGGACUCUUUGUUGUGAGCCACGGAUGGAGGACAUUGUACAGACACUUUGGCCUUCCCCAGUUCAGCCUGCACCCCCAAACUUGUGAGUCUCUCCACUGCUUAGAGGGAGAGGCAUGUCUAGGCAGUUAAUCUCUCCCUAGAGGAAGCUUGCCUUUAACAGGCAGAGUCUGGCUGAACCCAGGAUAGAGAGACCAUGGGAAUGGGGUCACUAAGAAAAGAGGGGUGCCCUUCUCCAUGUCACAGGGAGAGAAGGCAGGCUUGCAAUGGCCCCACCAUGCCCUGAGCAAGAAGCUGCUUGGCUCCAGGUUAGCCCUGGGCUCCAUUAGAGGCCUCUAAUCUGGAUUUAUCCACAGCCAUGGGUCUAAAUGUGACCGGUCCCCAGCCCCACUCCCCCUUGGAAGGCUUCUUCCUAUCUCUUUUGACAACAGCCUCACUCGAGCAGUAGGAAAAAUAGCUCUCCUCUCCCACUACUACUAGGUUAGCUGAAAGAGGCCUAGCCACGACUGAUUCUCCACCCCAGACAGUCUUGACCACCCAGAACAGAGCAGGGAACCUGGGGAAGAGAAGACUCUAUGUUUCUCUGACGGCCAGGCCUAGACAGACAAGGCUUGGGAACAUCUGCCCCACAGGAGUCUGAGGAGACCUUCUGUGGUCUCUCCUCUUCUCCCUCCAAGACCCUCUCCCUACCACGAUCUAUCUCCACGGCAACAUCCUCACCACCAAGCUCCUUAGAUGAUCGGGUUGCCGUGGCAACCUCCAAACCCCCUGCCCCUCCUAGGCAGGGCAGCAGUCCCUCCACUCCCUGAGACCCCUAGAGGGCUUUGGUGGGUAACCACAACCUGAGAGAGGAAUGAGUCAAGGAGAAGAGACACUCUAGCCUUCUGGCUUUCAAGAGAAAGGAGGCUACAAUUUGAAAGAUGGUGGGGAGAAAGGAGCGAGGUCUUUUUAAUCAACCAGGAGCCUGGGGGUUGCGCAGUCUUUAUUUUAAAACCACUAAAGUGCAAGGAUCCUUGCACCAUUUGUUACUCUGCCUUCUUCUCCCUUUUAGGUUUUUGUCUCUUUAAAACAUACUUUCUUGGUUUUCUAAUGGAGUAUAGACUUUAGCCAUCUCACAGACUCUGGCCUCCGCUUCUAAGUCUUUCUGAGUGGGGAAAAGAAAGGUGGAGGGGUCAGAGAGGAAGGGGUCCCUAGCCACCCUGCAUCCACUCACCCCACUUCUCUGGUCCCCAGUCGCCAGCCUCGGCCCCAUCUCCAACACCAUCAUCACCGUCACACAGUAGCCUGUCGCCGGAUAGCACAGUUCAGACAAGACUCCUUCAGAUUCCGAGACGUCUGCCGGUUGUUUUGGGUUUUGUUUUUGUUGUGUUUUGUUUUCAUUUUUGUUUUUACAACAGCAAUAACCACAGCACAUAUUACUGUAGGCCUUCGUAGUGUUCCGUUCAGACACCAUAGCUCUGAUUUCUCUUCUUUUUUUUUUUUUUGUUUUCAACUUAAAAAAAAAAUACUUAUACUUUUUACUGGUAAAACGGAUGAAAAAAUAAUAAAACAACAAACCAGUUUGUGCGAAACAAAACGCGGGAAAAGAAAUCAACCCCAAUGUGGAAGAGCUCGGCUCCUGUUUAGCAUAUUGUACUUAAGGAAAUAAAAAAGGAAAAAACCAGAAGAUCUCA